AUGGAGGACUGGGAAGAUGAGCCUAUUCCUGAUCUUCUCAAGAAAAAAGAGCCUUUGAAGGCCAAUUGGGAUGAUGAAGAUAUCGACGAUGUAAAGGAAUCUUGGGAAGAUGAAGAUGGGCCUGCUACGGCACCAAAGGUGGAGUCAGCACCAUCCGAAAAGGCCCCUAAGAAGGCUGCUGCCAAAUCAGGUGACAAGAAAAUGAAAGCUACGGAGGCUGUAAAAGAUUCUCCAAAGGAGGAACCAUUAGAUCCUGUACAAGAAAAACUCCGUCAACAGAGGAAAUUAAAAUGGAUCAGGUGUAGUCUGGGAUACAAGGGCUCUGAUACUCAAGUUUCAGAAGAGAAGAGAGGUGCAAGUCCAGCGCAAGAUGAUCGAGAUACGAAAAAAAUAAAAUUAGAAUCUGAGUCCCAAGCGGAGCAGCCUAGUUUCGUAGUUCCCAUUAUCACACAGUUAAAAGCCCCACUCACGAGAGAACAGCUUAGGUAUUUGGCUGGAGAUUUGGACAAGGAGGACGACGGCACCAAAUUCUAUGGGGAAAGCUUUGUCUAUGACACCUCUUGUCCUCGUGAUAUGACAAGUGCAGAGCAAGCAUUGAUAGAGGCGGGAUACGAAAAGGGCUCUGAUGCUUAUAUGGCUCCAUAUAAAACGAGGGACAAUAUUGAAAUCCCUGAGAAAGUGCAUGUUGAAGCUCUGUUGAAUGAAGAUGGCGACUUCACACUGGCCGAUGUUUGUGCUUGUGGGUAA